AUGACCACUGAAUUAAAUCUUAUGAAAGUUUGUUCUUUUGAAAGUAUUUGUGCCUUUUACCAUAAAAUUUAUUUAGAAGAAAAAGUCAAUAUUUAUGUAAGAAGUUACGACGAACACAAGUGUGUGCGUGCGUGCAUGCGUGCGUGCGUGCGUUCGUGCUUGCGUGCGUGCGUGCGUGUCUGCGUGCGUGCGUGCGUGCGUGCGUGCGUGCGUUUUAUUAAAUAUUUUAUUAUAUAUUUUAUUAAAUAUUUUAUUAAAUAUUUUAUUAAAUAUUUUAUUAAAUAUUUUAUUAAAUAUUUUAUUAAUCAAGAUGAUCAAAUGUAUGUUGAAAUUAUUGUUCAGUAUGAUUGA